AUGGGUAAUUCAUUACACGGUUUCUGUCAUCGGUAUUCUUGUUGUUGUUGUUGUUGUUUGUGGUGCUGCGAUCAAUUAGAUGAGACAGGUUCGGAUGGUCGUUUCCUUGAACGGCGACGACGUAGGGAAUGGUCCCCCAGGCCAAUGGAUCUGCGGGCCUCUACAUCUAUAAGACAAUCAUUUCCAACCACCUGUAAUAUUUGCGGUAUUGUUCUCGAUCCCGUUCUUCUCGAUGGACACCGCGAGACGUGUCGAGUUCAACACCGACAGCAGAUGCAGCGACAAGCGCAUCCAUUAAUACCAAAUAGCCAAAGAGGAAGUCUUGAGAGUGAUAGCGAGUUGUGUCUGGUGUGUUUAGAUGCCCCACGAAUGUACGCAUUCCUGCCGUGUGGUCAUGUUUCCUGUUGUGCGGAGUGUGCCAAGCCGCUGGAUUGCUGCCCACUCUGCCGCGAACCACGGAAGGCAUUGUGUUUAGUGGCCAAAGACACCAUUCUGCAGCAAUUCCGGUGUCCGCACUGCAUGUGUAUUAUUGCCCCCACACUCUAUGAUGGGCAUCGUGAGGUGUGUGCGCUCCGUACGCGAGAGGCGCGGGCAUUGCCUUCACCAGAUAAAGAGACUGGUACGCUUCCAACAGCAUGUGUCGCGACCUCUCCAGUUGUAGGUGAUUCUACGCCUGUGAGUGGGCAGGCCACAGGUGCUAGUUCUUUGUCUGAUAGUUUGAAAAAUCCGACUAAUAGUACUAGCAACAACAAUGCUUUGGUGGUUCGAACCACAGGUAUUCUACGAGAGUGUUUGGAGUGCCACGGGACGGAGUCACCACUUGUUUUUCUGCUCCCUUGUGGUCACCGAGUUUUGUGCCGUGAUUGUGCAAUCAAACGCGUAACAUGUCCUUUAUGCUUAAGGGAUGUUGAGAGUGUGGGGGCAUCGUUCACAUGA